AUGCUAUUAUAUCUUCGAAAUUUGCUGCUUCAUCCAACUAGACUUAUGAAGUUAAAGUCAACUCUACAACUUAAAGAUAAUCGCUGUUGUUAGUAAGAAUAUUCAAAUUCAUUUUAGGAGCUUUAACGAACAUUCAAAUUAACACUAAUAUCAAUCAUCGUAAGGGCCAUUGUCACAUUAUUCAUAUUUCUCAAUAACAAUGCCUUCCCCAAAAAUAUUAAUUUAAUUCAGUUUCCAAUCUGUUUAAAUACAACCACAACAUAUCCCGUUAAGACAAUCAAACAUUAUUAUGAACAUGAAUAUUUGCAUUCGUAACAUCCAUCAUAGGGAAUCAUUUUUCCAUCAUCACAUUCCUCAUCUUAACUUACUUUUUAAUCCACACAAUAAGAACAGAUAUUUUUUUAACUUUUUAAAAAAAUUUAAAUAUCUCUUAGUUUUAUAAAUUAGUCGUCAUUAUUUAACAACAUCAAAAAAGUUUACUAAUUUGACUUCAUUCUGA